AUGCUUGGACGACCACGUAAGCAUUUACACUCUCUCCUUCAAAAAGAGAAAGAGUUGCAAGAAACUUUACAUCGAAUUUUGCUUGAAGAAAUUGCCCAUUCACUUUCUCCAAAUAUUUCCAGGCUCUCUCAUCUUUAUGGCCUACCUAAGACUCACAACGCCACACAGGAUAUGAGGCCUAUUUUAUCAGCAACUGAAACCUACAAUGACAAUCUGGCUGAAUGGCUUGAAGAAAAGCUGAAACCGCUUUUCAUAAAUGAGUAUACAGUCACUGACGCCUUUGCCUUUGCUGAUGAGAUUCGUACUCAUUCUAUGAAUGAUGAAGACAUAUUGGUUUGUCACGACGUCACAGCUCUCUUCACCAAUGUACCUUGUCCACAAAGCCUUCACAGAUGAUUGGUUCAACAAAAUCAAUGGCCUUAAUCUGCAAAAGGAUCAGCUUGCUAAACUACUCAAAAUUGCCACAACCAAUCAGCUUUUACAGUUUAACGGUCAAGUUUACGAACAAAUAGAUGGCGUGGCUAUGGGCUCCCCACGUGGUACUCUAAUGGCCAAGUCUUCAUAUGUCAUCUUGAAGAAACACUUACGCGCGAUGACUUAAUGCUCUAUCUGUACAAGAGGUAAGUCGACGACACCCUAGCCAGAAUGCCUAGCGCUGCUGCUGCUGUUGUGCUUCUUAUUACUCUGUAGCAGGCCUGACUCUGUAUAACCUACACUCUAGUCUAACUUUUACGAUGGAGCUUUCUGCUGUUAAUGAGAUCUCUUUUAUCGGCAUUGAAAUCGUCAAGUACGGAACUAAACUUGAAGCUCAAGUU